AUGAAUUGCAUCUUCUUCACGAGUCUAUUGGUUGUCAUCCUAAUUAGCCUGGAUUCCUCGGCGGCCCGACCUGCUAUACGGCUCGGCGCCCAGGACGUAGAUUACUUUAGCCAUUCGCUCGAAAGAAAUUCGUUCAUGAUGGCUGAAGAUCCACACUCUGACCUCCACUCAUCGCCCGCCUCAGCGUCUGAUGGCGAGCCAUGGUCCUGGACUGACCUUGCAAGGUAUUACCGUGACGCCAUUUGGGGAAAGGGCGCGGAUCAUAUAACCGGCGAAGAGGAACUGAAGAAUGGGGACGUUGCCGCGAAGGAUGGCAGCACCAAGUAG